AUUGAUGUCAUUUGAAUGUACUUUCCAUUUUGUGAUGUGUGUUUUAAAUCAAAAGAUAUAUAUAAAAACAAAUUCUGAAUGAAAUUGUGGAAGAUUUCUGUUGCGUUUCAUUGUAUUUUAGUAGAAGGUGCAACAGGUUAUUUCCCUUGAGAACUUUGAUAAGUUACACAGGGAAGUAACAACGUAAAAAAUGGGACGAUGUACAAGCGUGUAAGCUACACGUUUUACUUAAUAUUAGCAUGCUCGUUUAUCACGAGUAACUGGUGCCCUCUUGGAAAAGUCGAAAUUCAUGGGAUAUGUCAGCAAUGUCCAUUAUGUCCCAAAGGAUUUGGAUUUAAAACAGAUUGUCUGACAACAACCAGUUCUGAGUUUGAACCAGAAUGCAGACCAUGCCCCCCAAACACGUUUUCCUCUUCGAUUUCAUAUAGUGCAUGUAAAACCUGCAGAGAAUCAUGCGGCAUAAAUGAGAUCGAGAAAACAGCGUGUACUAGAGAAAGUGAUAGAGAGUGCAUUUGUAAGGCUGCUUUUAAAAAGGAUCCUGCAACUGGGCUAUGCCUUCGGAAAUGCUGUAAAUGCGAAACCCGAAGAAAAAUAGAACAAGCAGAAGAGUGCAACCACAUGCCUGAAGGACAAAACUGUUUUUGCAACGACUUCAUUCGUCCAAGCAAAUCGAUAAAAAUUGUAUCUGUGAUUAAGAGUUAUACAAGCAACCUUGCAGUUAGUCGUUACGCAAACACACCUGUGAUUAACCGUCAUAGAAGCAAAUACACCUCGUUUCGUUCAAAGUCGCCUAUGGCACGUUCUGUUCCUGAAAGUAUUGCGACACCAUCUUUUCCGUCGAGUGAAACAUUGAUGGUCACACCAACAGAAUGGAAAUCAGUCCUGCGUAGCACUUCUCCAGCUUCUGUAAAGAUGAUAUCUCCGACCAGGUCAUCUCUUACCGAUUCUACAUCAAGCCUUGUUCGUACUGACGAACAUCACAAAGUAAUUCCAGCACCCACUGGGCGUAACCAUUUUUAUGUUGUUGCUGCAAUGCUAUUCGUUUAUGCUAUUAUUUUCAUUCCCAUUUUUAUGCUAUUAUUUUCAAUUAUUAAGAAGAUCGUAUCAGUUUCAAACAUCAGAGGUGAAAGUAGGGCGCAGGGAGAACAACCUACUGUGGAAGCAAGCGCUACCGAGCCGCUAUUGGGAGAAGGGCCGUUGUCGUCCCCUGGAAUAAACCAUGUGGAGCCAGCUUAUGAACCGACUGUUGGUGAAUUCUACAUAAAGUACGAGAAUCUGACGGAUUUAGGCAAAAAGCUUGACUUAGACGAGGGUGCCAGAACAAUUGGUCGUAAGAUAGCCGAAAUGGCUUACCAGAACGAAAAUACGUCAAUUGAAGAUUUCACUGAGGCUCUUGACCUGCAAUUAACACCUGAUUCAGCGACAAACCUCAUCAGUAUGUGGAGUGUUAGGAAACCUAAAAAAAGCAUCGGUGAAUUAAAAACAAAAUCGUCCACGCUUCAUAGAAAUGAUAUCGAAUUCUAUCUUCAGGGUCUGCCAGAGAGCCAAUUUCUGGUCAACAUGGAGAGUAAAGAUUUAGACAAAUUAAAGGUUUUAUUAAAUAAACCAUUGUUCAGAAAUGAUUGGCGUUCGUACGCUCAGGAUGAUUUUACUAUGGAGGAGAUUGAAGGGAUGAAAGCUCGUCAUGAUCCUACGCACUCCCCCACAGUUGAAUUGUUCAAAUUACUAAAGCAACGCCUUAUAUCUCUCCCGUUAAAUGUCGUAUCAACAGCUGCCAAAGAUAUUGGUCGGGUAGACGUUGCACAUUUUUUGAACUUAAAAAUAGAACUCAUGAAAGAGAAUCAACGCGAAAGCACCGAUAGAUAAAGUUUUAAUACGGAUCCUUUCUUUGGUUAGCGUUUCAGCCAAUCAUAACCUGUCAUUUUUAGUUGGUUGUCAAUGGAAAGCGCUAGGACCGUUUACCUUUCUCAUAAUUUAAGACCUUUAACAAGGAAAUAAAUUGGUGAAUGCAGCUUUUUUUCUCAACAAAGCAGUAAAAUGCGCUAGAAUGUGAUUUAAAAAGAUAUGCAUGCGCUAACAGGAGGUAGAAAUGACGCUUGUAAAAAUCGAGAAACUUACAUUUUUCAUAACUGUAUUAAAAAUUUUUUUAUUUUUUAUAUUCUAUUUUAUACAAAUACGCCGACUAUUUUUAAAAAAAUAUAGAACCGUGCAGGUUCGUGAUAAUAGGGUAACCACUUCUUAUAUAGUUACAUUUCAGAUUUAAGGACUUUUAAUGGGGAUAUUUCAAUGACAAAUCAUAUAGUUUUGCGAAAGAAAAAUUGAGGAGAUUUGAGGAGGCGUGGCAGCCCUUGAUAAAUAACCAUUUUUAAUGUUUUGUUUUAUAGCAGAUAAAAAUAGAUUUUGAAUAGAAUUUUUUUAAAGUUCAUACUGUUACUCAGGGGGAAAAGUGGGACCAUACGGUAUAUCUCGGCAUAUGGUUAAGGCAAGAUUAAAAGUAUGUAUUUACAUUUAUGCCUAUACGAAAUAUCACUUGGUAUGGCGACAUGUUUACUUCGUCGGGGUGGAAAAUGUAGAUGUAUUUAUCAUCUAAAACUGACAUCGUUUCUUAGCCAAAACAAUGUCUUGUGAAGGUCUCUCAUUUGCGUACUCCAUCGACCAUGUUGGCGUUUGCAGCAUUCUGGUUUCCCACUUUUCCCGUUUGUUGUAAACAGGAUACUUGACCCUCUUUUCCGCUCUUGCGCUAUGAUGUCUGUCCUGCUUUUAUAACCCUGCUUUUUUAGCGCGCUAUCGCAGAAAAGACGUACAGGAGUAACCUGUAGGAAUGCAACUGCCACUUUCUGAUUGGCACCUGCGCAACAAUUUUGUUCAUCCGUGGCCGUAUCAACUAAACUAAUCAAGGAAGCCGCACCCUUUAAUUAUAAUAUCUUGAGUCUGAGAAAUAAAAUUAUUUAAUUUAUUUCAUUGAACAUGGCGAAUAAAUGUUUGGAUGUUUCGACAGUCAUCUCGAACAUUUUAUUUAUUUAGUUCAACUUUCUUUUUCGAUGAAACUUAAACAAUUAGAAGCAUUUGUAAUUAUUUUAAAUGUAUUCGAUACCUUGUGUAUUUUUCCAACAUCUUAUGGUAAAAGUUUUAUCUACCAACA